UAAUGGCCUGAAAUUUGUCAAACCGUGUUGAUAACUGUAGCAGUAGGCCGCGUGUAAUGUCAUGACAGGUGAACCAGAGUAGACAACAAAAAAGAAAACGACAAAAAAAUCCAAAUUUCAAGUGCAUAUUUUAACAAAUCAUGGAAAAUUCCUCUUCAAAAGUGUCAAGGUUAACACCCUUGGAUAACGCCCUUACUUCGACAACAGAAUGGAGCCGAAAAGAGGUUAAAAAACAACUGUCGGAGCGAGGUUAUCUGAUCGGCCAGUCAAUCGGCGAGGGUUCUUACUCCAAAGUGUACUACUCGGAAUACCGCAAACCAGGCCUGCAGCAGUUCCCCGAACGGAGGGCUUGCAAAAUCAUCAAUCGUCGCAAAAGCUCAAUGGAGUAUUCGCAGUUCCUUCCGAGAGAGAUCAAAACGAUGAUAGCCCUGUCCCAUCCGAACAUCGUUACCGUCUAUUCGGUGUUUGAAUUCGGUCCGUAUGUUUGCAUCUUCAUGGAUUAUUGCCGCUGCGGAGAUUUAUUGCAGAGAGUUCAGACCCGCGGCAAACUGUCCGAGACGAAAGCUCGAGUCCUGUUUCGGCAGUUGGCUUCAGCAGUGCAGUACAUGCACUCGCGAGGAUUUUGCCAUCGGGACAUUAAGUGCGAGAACGUGUUGCUCUGCAAUCCGAUGCACGUCAAACUGUCGGACUUUACGUUCGCCAAGAAGUGUCCCUGUGAGGAAGCAUCCCCGAAACAGCUCAGCGCCACUUUCUGCGGCUCGGUGGCCUAUGCGGCACCGGAGAUCCUCAAGGGCAUUCCCUACCAUCCGAAGCGGUACGACAUGUGGUCCCUGGGAUGCGUUCUCUUCAUAAUGGUAACCGGAACGAUGCCGUUCGACGAGCGCAAUAUUCCGGAGACGAUUGAACGACAAGAGCGGAAGCACUACUUCUACCCGGACGGGGUGAAGCCAAAUCCGACAAUUAUCGAACUGAUUGACAGCCUAAUCGAGCCGGAUGUGAACGCCAGGGCAAGCAUCGAACAGGUUGUGAACAGUGCGUGGCUCCAGGAGGUGGAAUAGGCUGGGGGGAGGGGCGAAGGCUUCAAUCGAUGGCUUUUAUCUGCGAUUGAAGCGGACUUGCGAACGAGAUUUUAACCGAUGGACGUAUUCUGUCAAGAUGAAUUCGUUGAACGACCGGACAAUAAAAUCGACUUGCGUAGAA